CUUAGCAAAACCAUCCUUCCAUUAAGUCUAAGAGAGCUAACUAACCAUUUGAGAGUCUAACUGUGGUGGUGCGCACCAAUUGAGCACAUCGAUCUCACUAAGUUUGUAGGGCAUGGGGAAGCUCUCCAUGGCCACGGCCAUCUUCUGCGCCGUGGCUGUAGCCGUUCUUACCGCGGCGGUAGGCGGCAAGGCGGCCGUCGUAGAGCACACCUUCGUUGUGCACGAGAUGAACCAGACGCACCUGUGCAACACGACCAAGAUCUACGUGGUCAACGGGCAGCUCCCUGGCCCCACGAUCGACGUCACCGACGGCGACACGGUGGUGGUCCACGUGAAGAACCACCUCCCACACGGCCUCACCAUCCACUGGCACGGUGUCCGCCAGAUCAUGAGCUGCUGGUCUGACGGGGCAGGCUUCGUCACCGAGUGCCCCAUCCCUCCAGGCGGCGAGCACACGUACCGCUUCAACGUCACUGGCCAGGUCGGCACGCUCUGGUGGCACGCCCAUGUCACUUGCCUCCGCGCUACCGUGGCUGGCGCGCUCGUGAUCCGCCCUAAAGGCAACAAGUACCCGUUCCCUACCCCUGCAAAAGAUGUCCCCAUCAUCAUCGGCGAGUGGUGGGAGCUCGACCUCGUCGAGCUCGACCGUCGGAUGCACGACGGAAACUUCGACGACAACCCGCUAUCCGCCACCAUCAAUGGUAAGCUGGGGGACCUCAGCAACUGCUCGGGUGUCCCGGAGGAGAGUUUCGUCCUAGACGUGGUCCGUGGUAAGACCUACCUGCUCCGGAUCAUCAACACAGCACUCUUCUCUGAGUACUACUUCAAGGUGGCCGGGCAUGCGCUCACGGUGGUUGGUGCCGAUGGCAACUACCUGACCCCAUAUAAGACCGACAUGGUCACCGUCGCUCCAGGGGAAGCCAUUGACGUCCUCAUGGUUGCCGAUGCCAAACCAGCACAAUACCACAUGGUGGCCCUUGCCAACCAGCCACCGGAACCCGACCCUCAAAUCCCAGGGUUCGUCUCCCGUGGCCUUGUCCGCUAUGUCGGAGUUCCCAGCAACAACAACGGCAUGCCGGUGCCGACACCGCUCAUGCCCAACCAGCACAACACAAUGCCAUCCUUCUACUUCCACAACAACCUCACGGGGCUCGCCCACCCGGACCGUCACCGUGUCCCCAUGCACGUCGACGAGCGUCUCUUCGUCACGCUUGGCCUCGGCUCCAUAUGCCGGAACGGAAGCAAAACAUCGUGCAAGCGCCGGAGAAGCAACGAGACAAUCGUGGUGGCCACCAUGAACAACGUCUCAUUCCACCAUCUGACCAAGGCAUCCCUCCUGGAGAGCUACUACGAUGGGAAGCCCAACAAGACGCUCUACACGGAGGACUUCCCGGACAACCCGCCGCACCCUUACAACUACACAGACAGAGCACUGAUCCCGCCAGGCCCACUCGAGGAGGCACUGGAGCCGACCUUCAAGGCGACCAAACUCCGUCGGUUCAAGUACAACUCCUCGAUUGAGAUCGUGUUCCAGAGCACGGCACUGCUGCAGAGCGACUCCAACCCGAUGCACCUCCAUGGGUACGACUUCUUCGUGCUGGCCCAAGGGAUCGGAAACUUCAACCCCAGGACGGACCCCAAGAGGUUCAACUACCAUAACCCACAGCUGAGGAACACGGUGCAGGUGCCUAGGACAGGGUGGGCUGCCAUCAGGUUCAUCGCCGACAACCCUGGCAUCUGGUACCUUCAUUGUCACUUUGAGUUCCACAUCAUCAUGGGGAUGGCCACCGCUUUCAUCGUCGAGAAUGGGCCCACCCCCGAGACCAGCCUGCCGCCGCCACCGCCGGAAUUCAAGAGGUGCGGUGCCAAUGGCCUCACUCGGCCAUAGUUGAUCAAUGGAACUUCAUUCUUCCAGUUGGAUAAGGUAUAUGAAUACGUUCGUAUACAUACAUACGGAAGCAACUGGGUCUGUAUUAUUUUUAUUCAUAAUAGUGUAGAAAAUAAGACCAAAUAAAGAUGCAGGAACAUAGAUCCUUCAUCGUAUUUGGGUGAUUCUUACUGUAAAAGAUGUAUUCUUUUUAUUUAUUUUUCAUUGUAAUGUGUGUGUGUCAAAAGAGCAAGCUCUUCCUAUUUUAAUUUAUUCUGUCAGAUCAACUGUAAGUUGUUCCAUCGAGAUUCUAUUUAUGAAAAAAAAUAAACAGACGAAUUACAAGAAGUCA